UCCGCCGCUCAGCACUAGGCUCUUCCUUCUCCUUCCCGGCCGCCGUAGUUUAAACAAAAAAAAAACGGUUACCCAGCAACGAGAUAAAACAACUGGAACCAUCCGCACCAGCUUGAAGAGAAAGAAGAGGUACCAUAGGCCACUCUUUCCAAGGAGAUGUCGAUUCCUUUCUCCAACACCCACUACCGAAUUCCACAAGGAUUUGGAAAUCUUCUUGAAGGGCUGACACGGGAGAUUCUGAGGGAGCAACCGGACAAUAUACCAGCUUUUGCCGCAGCAUAUUUUGAAAACCUUCUAGAAAAAAGAGAGAAAACCAGCUUUGAUCCAGCAGAAUGGGGGGCUAAGCUAGAGGACCGCUUCUAUAACAACCAUGCAUUCAAGGACCCAGAACAAACUGAGAAAUGUGAACAAGAAAUGGCCAAAUCAUCUGGGAGAGAAGAAACACCAGUUACGGCCUUCGAGGAGUCUACUGAGGAAGAAAGGGAAAAGGAGGAGUACGCUGCUCUCAAAAUCCAAUCAGUCUUCCGGGGACAUGUGGCCAGAGAAGAGGUAAAGAAAAUGAGGUCAGAUAAAAGUGCCCAAGCGAAAGGAGAGGAAGACCAGUGAGGACACUGGCUUUACCCCCCAGGAAACAUGAAAAAGUAAUCAAAUCCAUCUGUGUUGCGAUUGUCAUUUUUUUCUCAGUAAGGAGAUAUGAUGUUGUGGAAUAACAUUUGUUGCUGUUGUGAAAAUCUGUCAUGAGCAUUUGUUUAAUAAACAUGCCAUUGAAACACA